AGACCACCCGUUUGGCCCCGUACACCCGGGCGUGGUACUCCGUCGUCGCCAAGCACCACUCCACGUUCAUCCGGCUCUCCACCGCCGCCAUAGUUUUCUCCUGCGUCACCGGAUCUUCAUUCUUUAACCCCUCUUGCGCCUGGAUCUCUGACUCUGAUUCUGUGAUCUCCGCUUGCAUAUCUGCUGCCAGGAAGCAGCAAUGGCGGGGAGGGGUAAUGCCGCGUCGAACAACUCCGCGCUCAUCGCCAUCAUCGCUGAUGAGGACACUGUUACUGGGUUUUUGUUGGCUGGAGUUGGCAAUGUUGAUCUGCGCAAGACAACAAAUUACCUUCUUGUGGAUAACAAAACGACAGUGAAACAGAUUGAAGACGCUUUUAAAGAGUUCACUGCGAGGGAUGAUAUUGCGAUUGUGCUCAUCAGCCAAUAUAUUGCGAACAUGAUAAGAUUUCUGGUGGAUGGCUACAACAAGCCAAUCCCUGCUAUAUUGGAGAUCCCAUCCAAGGAUCAUCCAUAUGACCCAGAGAGUGAUUCGGUUCUUUCCCGUGUGAAGCAUCUAUUUUCUGCGGACUCUUCUUCUGAGAGGCGUUGAACAGAGACCUUGACGAUAUCAAACAGGGGCAUCUCCUUUUUUUUUAUUGGAGUCUUCCUGUACUUGUUCAAUGUAGGAUUUGUAUUAAAUUAUUCUUACCAUUCUUUUGCGGGCAUGCGGAGAGACUAGAAUGAAUUAGGGGUAAAUAAUUUUGAUUGGACCUGUGGUUGAAUGUAAUAAGGCUUUAUUUGCAGAAUAUGUAGCAUGCCCAUCAUUUUCAUUGGAUAAACAGAGGAAUUAAGCAAUAUGCAAUCUGUUGUAUUCUUGUCAA